AGAGCUGGGCAGAGGAACCAGAGGGAAAAUCCACCUUCCCCAGCACAGCCGUAACAUCCACCUUACUCAACUGCUUGUCAAGUUCACCACCAACACAGAGGGGGCUCAGAUAAUCAAGAAACAAUGUCGAGUGAUGAUAAAAGCAAAUCAAAUGACCCCAAGACUGAGCCCAAGAACUGCGAUCCCAAGUGUGAACAAAAGUGUGAGUCCAAAUGCCAGCCCAGCUGUUUAAAGAAGCUGCUGCAACGCUGCUCUGAAAAGUGCCCACGGGAAAAGUGUCCAGCACCACCCAAGUGCCCGCCCUGCCCCUCGCCGUCCCCUUCAUCCUGCCCUCCCAAGCCCUGCGCCAAGCCUUGUCCUCCUAAAUGCCCUUCUUCCUGCCCACCUCCCUGCCCUCCCCCAGAGUGAGGCACUGUGGGCAUUACCCAACCCCACUACCACUGCCACUUCCACCAUGUACAACGCUGUGGGGCUGGGGACUGAAGCCAUGAACUGACAAGUAAACGUGUUCCUCUGCUGUGCAAGACUU